CGCAGAAGUAAAUUCAACAAUCACAGCUACCUCUUCUCUUCAUUUCCUGAACCACUCAAUCAAAUGUCCUUUAUCGUCACCGUCGUCUUUCCCAAUGACGCUAAUGCCCAAUAUGACAUCGAAUACUACACUAAACACCACAUGCCAUUGAUCCUCAAGGACUGGGCCAAAUAUGGCGUCACCGGCUGGAACGUCAGGGAAUUUGCUCCCGGACCCGACGGCUCUGCACCACUGUACGCCUUUGGCUCGGACGUCUUUUGGAAGUCGGCGGAGCGGCUGGAAGAGGCGUUCAAGGGGCCUGAAGCCGGAGCUAUCAUGGCGGACGUGCCUAAGUUCAGUAAUAAGCCUCCGGUGUUUCUUUUUGGUAGUGUCGUCGGUUCUGGAUGAGCGUCACUUGGAGAUACCCACCCAGAUAUGUAGCUACGAAGGUGUGAUUAUCGGAUCUCGCGAUCGUAGGCAAAUCACAACAAUCGCUUGUCUGAAUACAUAAUCUUUCGAGUUUGAAUGUUACAUUGAAC